AUGGAGUAUGGACGCUUCAGCCUGAGGCCUGGAGGGACGAAGCAGACUAUCGACUUACUAGCGGGAACCAUGGGCGUACCGGGAGCGGGAGUGACUGGGGAACCGGCAGCGGGCAUCAUGGCUGGCCCAUUGCGGACCAAGAAAGAACCCCGCACCACAGCCACCUUAGAUGAAGAGCAGUGA